AUGGAGAAUAAGAUAACGUUCGGUAAAAUAAUUACCUUUCUGAAGGUUUUCUUGACAGUCGCUUGUUGCUGGCCGCUUCGUCGAGACGCAACGAAGUUUCAAAAACUUCAACGCAAUGUUUUACAGUGUUUCUGCGUNGCAAACGCGGUAAUACUCAGCAUUGCAUUGACAUGGACACUUAUCAACAAUAUAAAUGACGCGCUUUUGGUGAUGAAAUUGGGGUGUCAAUUAAGCGUCAAUGUACAAAUCGUGCUGCAGUUAUUACUGUUUGCAAAGGAGUACAAACGUUUUCAGUUUGUUGUUUUGGAAAUGGAAGAUUUUUAUCAGCAAGCGCAAGAGUAUGAGAGAGACAUUAUUCAACAUUAUGUCAACAAGUGCAAAGUGAUGUACAGUUUCAUUCUGUAUCUGCUAGCAACGACAGCUAUUAGUAUGGGACUCGGACCGGUGUUCCUGCCGCAACCGUUUCCUUGUGACGCAGAAUAUCCGUUUGACGUGCAACAUCAACCGCUAAAAGCUAUAAUCUACGCACAUCAUCUGUUGGCUAUUUAUCAAAGUAUGACGCAAGUAGCGGCUAAUACCUUACCCGCUCUCUUACUUUGGUUCGUAGCCAUCAGAUUCGAUAUCUUGUCCAAUCGAUUUCGUUCGAUAACGAAUAUACAGGAGCUGAUAAAAUGCACGCACGAACAUUACGUAUUGCUCAACUACGCAAAAGAAGUGAAUCGCGCAAUUGCUUACAUAGCACUUUUAUGCGUGACUUUCAGUACCGGAGCUGUAAUUUUCGGAUAUCUCACUUUCAUGAGUCGUCAACCUUUGUCAGUGAAAUGCUCAUUUAUUCUGAUAGCUUUCUNUGGCUUCGUCGAACUUUAUAUGUACGCCUGGCCAGCUGAUAAUGUGAUGAACAAGAGUAGCGACAUAGCAUCCGCCGCCUACGAUUCGUUAUGGUACGACAAAGACAUGACCACGCAAAAGAUUUUGAUACAAGUUAUAUUGAGAAGUCAGUGUCCGGUUAAUAUAUCAAUUCCAGGCUUUUUACCGAGCUUGUCCAUGAAUUAUUACUCGUCGUAUGUUUCUACUGUUUUUUCAUACAUGGCAUUUAUACGUAUUAUAAUGGGCGAAGAAUAAAAACGAAGACGUACACACUCAAACGUAAAAGCUCCACACAAGCUAUAUUUUGUGAACUAUCUGUUAUAGCGAGAGAGAAAACCAUAUCUUUUCCCAGACAGGAUCGUACGCCGUGUCCAAAGGG